UAACUCACCGGAAGAGCAUUUCUCUCACACGUUGCCUGCUCUGCUGCGUACUGUACCUCAAGUCCAAGUCCGCACCAAAUCAAACGCCUUUGCAAGAGGCAAAGUACUGUUACUCACAGGUUCAUUUCCGACUGUUGUAUGAGUCAAAAAAUUGAGAAGCCCGUGUUGUCAGGUCAACGGAUCAAGACAAGAAAAAGAGAUGAAAAGGAAAAGUAUGACCCUCAAGGGUUCAGAGAUUCAGUCCUCCUGGGUUUGGACAAAGCUGGUACGGAUCUAGAAGCCGUAUCAAAGUAUCUUGAUACUGCUGGCUCUAAACUUGACUACCGGCGAUAUGGGGAAGCUCUCUUUGACAUUCUCAUCGCCGGUGGCUUGUUGGUGCCAGGGGGCUCCAUCGCCAUGGAGGGUGACAAACCAUGCAAGACAGAAUGCUGCUUGUUCGGCGUCUCAGAGGAUAUGGAGUCAAUGCACAAUUAUGAGCAGGUUUUCAUUAAGUUGAUGCGCAGAUACAAGUACCUCGAGAAAAUGUUUGAGGAGGAAAUGAAGAAGGUCCUAGUGUUCAUCAAGGGCUUCAGUGAAUCAGACAGAAGAAAAUUGGCACGAAUGACUGCUCUUUGGAUUUCUAAUGGGUCUGUUCCCCCAUCAGUGCUUCUUGUUCUGAUUAAUGAACACCUCAUAAAAGACAAUUUGGCACUCGACUUCCUCUUGGAGGUCUUUGUAACUUGGAAAAGUGAGAAGGGUCUUUCGAGUUUGGUUACUGCAUUGAAGAGAGGAGGACUGGAAGGAAAGUUGAUGGAGUUUUUCCCUCCCAACAAAAGAACUGAGGAACAUUUUAAAGCAGUCUUUGAUGAGAAAGGUUUGGCAGAUAUUGUAAAACUUCAUAAAGCUCAGGCUAAUUUGGGAGCCAAAAGAGAUCUGCAGUUGCAACUUGAAGAACAAUUGCAGGAGGGACGCCAAAUCAAGGACAUGGUCAUGGACAUCAAAGAUUUGGCUACCAGGAACAAUAUCCCUGAGCAUGAAAUUAUUGGAAUUGUGUGGUCAACUAUUAUGUCACAAGCUGAAUGGAACAAGAAGGAAGAACUGGUUGCUGAGCAAGCUUUGAAACAUCUGAAACAGUAUACCCUACUCCUCGCAUCCUUCACAACUGCAGCCCGCUCAGAGUUGGCUUUAAUGCUCAAAGUGCAAGAAUUUUGUUAUGGAAACAUGAUUUUCAUGAAGGUUUUCCAGAAGAUAAUUUUACUCUUCUACAAGACUGAUGUGCUCUCAGAAGAGGUCAUUAUCAAGUGGUAUAAAGAGGAUCACUCUUCAAAGGGAAAGAUGCUCUUCCUUGAGCAAAUGAAAAAGUUUGUGGAUUGGCUGCAGAGUGCAGAGGAAGAAUCUGAUGAAGAGGAAGAGGAGGACUGAUCUAUUCACUUGCAUAUUUAGGUGGCUGCCCGAUCCUUUGUAGCCAGGAAAACAAACUACUGUAUUUACAAAGAAAAUAUAUUUUACAUAGACUAAAUCAGGAUCAUUACCAAUUUUUGCACCCCAAAUUUGCUGCUCUUCGUGUUGUCAUCACUGAUCACUAGGUGCCUUAAACUGUCUCCCUUUCAAGGGCUUAAUGAAGCUGUGCCAGGUACCAGGUAGAUUAGGUGGCGGUAUUUAUUUUGAGAUGACAAUACUGAGGUACAGAAUUUACCAGUAUUUAAUACAAUUAGCAAUGGGAUCCUCACUGUUAAGUCUGACAAGUACGAGAAGAGUUUUGAGAGGAUUAGGAGAUGGAACAAUCAGCUAAGUUCCUUCACUCGUACUCAUCAGACUUCUUAGUAUGAUGGCUACUGCUAGGACUGAUGGCAAUGUAGUUAGCAGAAGAUUUGAGGCUAGCAUGAGCAACUUACAAAUUUGAUUGUGAUUACAACUGGUGAUGUGCCUAGAAGGCUAGUUUUACUCUUUCUGUUGAUUGUGUAGAUUGUGAAUGAAACAAAAUUGUAAAUUUGGAGAUGAUCAAAUCUUUUGCAGUAAAGCUUUUAUCCAUAAGAAUUUCAUAGGAACUAUAUUUUAGAAAACCUUCAGAAUUUUUAUGGUAGCAGUUGGGAGUACAUAUGUUGCUCUGUUAUAUUAAGCUCAAAGUACGCUUGUUGAGAAUGAAUUCACAUUAUGUAUUCCAUUUUGUAAGUUCUGGUGAAACAAACCAGAGGUUAGUGUAUCGUCACUAUUUGUAACACCAGACUUCAUAAUUCGUGUUUUCCUGUUAUACUUUGAGGGAGAAGGCCAUGGUUUUAUUUUUAUUAAUGUCAUAACUUUGUGAAAAAAUAAAUGAAUUGUUUAAAUUAA